UUAUUUUCUUAUUUCUUGUCAUCCCCAUAUCAUCAAGCCGAAACAUACCUCUAUUUCCUUGUAUUUUACACCUUUAUCCACAAAGUAUGCUUUAUGCGUUGUAAUCAUCUCCCAUCUCGCGUGAUACUUCUCAUGUUAUGCCUGAUCUCGUGUCCACCUUCUGUUUUUUUUCGUCGAUUUGCUGUAUUUUCGAUCACACCAAUACUUUCUGAUCUUGUCUCUCUGGCUCUCGUUUGUCCGAUUACACCUAUUGUACUUCUUGUUGCAAAUAAAGACCUCUUAAAGUGAAGUUCAGCAUUCAAUUCUUUCA